AUGUCAUCUGGUCUCGAGAAGAAAUCAAUUCAAAAGACAGUUGCUUCAUACUCGAGUUCAGUUGACACAAGUUCGUCAUUGGAAGAAAAUUCUCCAACAAAAGAAGCUUUAAUUGACAAGAUGCAAGUUAAAUUCGGACAAAUGCUUAAAGAUAAUCAAGAAUUGUAUACGAUAAAGACACAAAACGAAAAAUUGAAAUCUAUAAUCGAGAAUUUAGAAAAACAACUCGAAUCAACGAAACAAGAUCUUCAAACGGCAUUAAACCAGAAAGAAGAAGAGAAAAAUAGAUAUGAAGAGAGAAUACUUCAACUGUCAGACCAAAUUCAUUUACUUGAAGCAAAAAAUAUCGAAUUAACACAAGAAAAUGAAAGAUUAAAAGAUACAAUUCAUACUGAAAGAGAAUUCUCAAUCUCAGAAAUACAAAAUCAGAAAACCAAGGCUCGAGAUGAUCUUUCAAGUCGUAUUGCAAUGAAAGAUCAGCAAAUUAAUGAACUUAAAUCAAUUAUUAAAGAUUUAUCGGAUGAUUCAUCAAGUAGCAAUAGCGCAUUACAAGCCAAAAUAGAAGAAACAAGAAAAUUAAAGCGUAUCCAAUCAGAUUUAGAUACAAAAUUACAAAAUCAAAAUAAAAUUAUUACAAAUCUUACUGAUGAGUUAAACAACACUAAAAAAGAUAAAGAAGCACAAGAACAACAGGUUAAAGAUACUCUUCAGCAACUCUCAGAUCUUCAAAAUCAAUUUACAAAAUCUCACGAAAUAAUCAAAGCUCAAAAUGAAGAAAACAAGAAAUUGAAGCAAAGCAUUACUUCUCAAGAAUCUGGAAUUCAGAGAAUAGCAUCUCUUUUGCCUUCAUCAAAAACAUCAGAUGAUUGCGUUAUUGCGAUCAAACACAUGAUAGAAGAAAACCAACAGUUGCAAAAUGAUAUGAAUAUUGCAACUCAACGACUCAAGAAAGCUGCUGAUGUUAUUCGCCAAAAUCAGGAAUUAAUUACAGCUUUAAGUCAAGAUAUCGAUGCUGAGCGCAUGAAAAAUAUUCAUCUCAAGAAAGUAAUAGAAGAUGGAGAAUCUAAGAAUGAAAGAUUAAUUAACCAAGUCAAAGCAUAUACACAAAUUCGAUCUGUUACUACAUCACUUGAAGGCGCAUUUCAAAAAUUGUCUAAACAAUUUGAAUCAUUCCAAGAAGAGCUUGGUCGUCCAAAGUUAACAUUGAAGUCAAUUAUCAAUACUGCUAUUUUAGUUAGGAGAUGGAAUUACUUGAUUGGAACCGAUCAGUAUUAUGUUAGUGAUCAAAGAAAUUGGUGGUGGCUUGACUCAUCUAUGUAUCAUACUACAUCAAUUGAUAUAAUUAAGAACUAUAUAUCAAAGAUAGCUGAUGAAAAGAAAGCAGUUAUCGAUGAAAAUGAUCACUUAAAGGAAUUAUUGCGCAAUACUAUUAGUGGUAUUGAUGAAGCAGAAGCAGCCAUUGUUAAAAUGUCAAAAGAGAAAGAAGACCUCAAUAAUAAACUUAAGAAGUUCGAAGAAAUGAGUGAAUCAUUGAAUAGCCAACUGAAUGGAAUGAAAUAUAUUGAUGUCCUCAAAUUAUCAGAUGAUUUUAAGAAUUCACAGAUUGAAAUUCAGAGUUUGAAUAAUAAGAUCCAGAACUUAAAUAAGAAUAUUGAAGAGAUCAAAGCAUCUAAAGCUGAAUCAGAAAAUAAAGCAAGCGCAGAAGUUGUUUCAAGGAAGAGGUAUCAAAAAGAGAAUGAGUAUCUCCGCGCUCAGAUAGAAGCAUUAUCCGCCAAAGUUAUUGCAUAUGAAAAAUGUGCAAUCACGGCAGAUAAGGAGAUAUUAGCUUUAGAAAGAGCAAAUAAUAUUUAUAAGAAUUCUGCAAAGGAUGCAGUCAGACAAGGAUUCGUUGUUACAAAGCAUAAUCAAAAGUUAGCCAGUAGAGUUCAACGCCAAAGAAAUGAAAUCAGGCAGAUGGAAAAAGAGAAGAAAGAACUUCAGGAAGCUGAAAAAGGUGAUACUCCUCAGCAACCUCCUCAGCAAGCAUAG